AAUCAACGAUCAGAUUUUUUUAAUUGUUGUUUAAUGAUUUUAACGGAUUCAUCAUGUUUUUCAGACAUUGUAUAUUGAAUAAAUUGAUCGAAAUUUUUUGACAGUCGAAAAAAAAGAAAAAUUUUCAAAUAACAAAAGGAAAUUAUUCCAAAAAUCAUUCUAUUUCUAGAAAUAAUCGAUGAUUAUUAUCAUCAAUCUAUUCUGUACUUAUAUCAUUAUAAAUGUUCAAUCAUCAUUAUUAACAAAUGAUCAUCAUGGAUACGAAUGGCGAACAAAUCAUACCGGACAUCGAUAUCAAUAUAAAUGAACAAUCAAUAGUAGCAUCAUCAUAUGCUAAUGCAUUAUGGACACCUGGCUUUAUGCAUCAAACAAAUGAAACAACUUAUGUUUAUAUUGAUAAUCCACAUGAUAUGAUCGAUCCAUUUCAUUCGAAUCAAAAUUUUAUGGCUAUAGUAUUGACACAUGCUAUAACAUUCAUUGUUGGCGUUAUUGGUAAUUCUGUUGUGAUUGCUACAUGGGCUCGGGGUGGAAAAAUUCGUUCACCUACUGCCACUUUUCUUGUAUCAUUAGCAUGUGCCGAUCUAUUAUUGCUCAUCAUAUUUAUGCCACUUGAAACAUUAGAAUAUUUUGUUAUAACAUGGGAUUAUAAUGGUCAUAUUUGUAAACUAAGCUCUUUCGUUGAAUUACUUUCGGGUAUGUCAUCUAUACUAAAUCUAGUGGCAGUUUCCGUUGAAAGAUUUUUGGUGAUAGUAUAUCCAAUUCAUGCAAGACAUUGGUGUACAGUAACAAAAUCUCGCCGUAGCCUAAUAUUUGUCUGGAUAUUGGCCAUUAUAUUUGCUGCGCCUCCUGUAUUCAACAAAAGCACAUAUUCAAUGACCUAUUACAAUAAUGAAACAGCCAUAACAGCUUAUUAUUGUUUUGAAAAGAAUGAUAAUUGGGCGAUAUAUUUUGCCAUUUAUGAAUUGUUAACAUUAUUUGUAAUACCUGCAUUGCUCAUGAUGUUCUGUUAUUCACGUGUAAUACGUGAAUUAUGGACUUCAACACGUGUGAUUACAAUAUUGACAAGUGCUACUAAUGGUUAUCAUCAUCAUCAUCCUAUUUCAGAAGCAACAUCAAAUCAUAUAAUGCCAAAUAAUAAAUCGGCCAUUAGUGAAACACAAUCAAUAGGCGGAAGUUAUCACAACAACAAUGGUAAUAGUUUAACUAACGGUAAUACUAAUGGACCGCGUAGUUAUCUUGUACGUUGGUCAAAUAAAAAAAUGAUUGAAAUAUCUAUCAAUUGUGAACCAUCAUCGAUUGUAUCAAAUUCAUCCAAUUCUAGUUCACGAUCAAUGAAUCCUAAUCCUAUUGUUAAUAAUUUCAAAAAUAAUAAUACAAUUGUAUUAAAUGAAACAGAACUGAUUGGAAAUAAAGAAUCAAAUAAUUCAAUGAUCAAAAUUUUUCGAUAUAUUUAUAAUAUAUUACAAAGAAUAAAAAUUAUUAGCUGUGAUAAUCAGACAAAAUCAUUGAAUGAUGUGCCAAAUGAUCAGCCAAACAAAUCAAUACCAUUAUCGCCGUCACAACAGCUGCAUCGAAAUACAUCACAAUUUCAACAUUUAGCGGCUCCAUCAACCAUAAUAACUAAUCAUGGCCAUAAUGAUAAAGAACAAUCAGAUCGACAAGAAUCAGUAGAUCGUCCCAAUCAAAAUAUAGGAUCAAUAUCACGAAUUCAUGAAUGGUUUGGUAAUCAUCGAAAAUUGAAUAAACAACCAUCUCAAAUAGAGGAAAAUACACCGACUUAUUUGGGACAUCAUAAUCAAUCAUCAUCGAUGAUUGGUAUACCGGCACCAACACCAACACCAAUAGGUAAUACAUCUGAAUACAAUGCAUCAACUGUUACCGAUGUUCGCAAUGCUCGAAGACAGCUAUAUUGUCAAGUGAUCAAAAUGUUAUUAUUCAUUGUGAUAUUAUUCCAUGUUUGUUGGGGUCCACGACUUAUAUUCAACGUAAUUAAAUCGACUGGAAUCGGUCAAUUCGAUAAAUUUGCCUAUAGUGCACGUGUUUAUUUUUAUCUAUUGUCUUUCAUACAUUCAGCAUUGAAUCCAUUCGUUUAUGGUUUUAUGUCUUCCAAUUUUCGACGAAUGAUGAUGAAUUCGUGUAGUCAUCGCCGUCAUCUAAAACAACGUACAGGUACAUUAACACCGGUAAAUAAUUCAUUAGCUGAAGCAAUGGCAACAACAUCUUGUUUACCAAUGGCUCGUACCGGUACAACAACUGGAUAUAAAACAACCCAACAAGCACAAUCAUUUUCAACAGAAAAUUCUCAUUAUAAUUAUAAUUAUUAUACGAAUCAGCCAUUGUCAUCAUCAAUAAAACAAAAUUCAUAUUCUGAAAUUUCCGAUUCAUAUGCUGAAGCAGAAUUAUCACAGACACCAUCUACUGUUUGUAGUCAUCGAAUUUCUACAUCAGUUGAAUUUCGUAAUUCAUGCCAUCAUAAUUGUCAUCAUUAUCAAGAAAAUAAUAACAUUAAUAAUGAAGAUCCGGAUUAUAGUGAAGUUGAAAUGGAAAUUAAUCAGAUGAUUGAUCAGAAAAAACAGCAACAACAACAGCAAAAUUCGUCGAAUUUAAUUGUUUCAAAUUUAAAAUAUCCAAAUCGAUUGAAACGAAUGUUAUUCUCAAUAAAAUCAUCUUCUACAUCAUCAUCAUCAUCAAAUGGUAUCAGUAUUGUUGGAGGCAGUUGUGGGGCUCGACGAACAACUAUAACUACAACAUCAACAAUACCGGAACAAAAUAUUCGAAAUAGCAAUAAUGAGCAAUUGAAAACAGCUAAUAUUGAACAUCGUUCAUUGCCAUCAUUAUUUUUAAAACGACAAAAACAUCAUCAUCAUCAUCAUCAUCAAUAUCAUUCAAAACGUUUACAUCAAAUAAAUCAAGAAAGUAAUUUGAUUAAAUCUAAACAAAUAAAUAAGAAUGAUAAAAAAAUAUUAGCCAAUUCUUGUCAUUCAUUAUGUUCACAUAAUUCAUCAAAUAUUGCAGCAACGAAAUAUGAUCCUAAACAACAACAACAACAACGACAACAACGUAAAGGCCUAAAGAAAAGUAGCCCCUAUUAUUAUGAACAUUCAUUUUAAACACAGAUGUGAAUGAAUAGAGUAAA